CGGAAUGAACGGAAGUGACAAAGUCAUCUCGGUGAAGUCAGUUCCUGUUAUGGACGAUCACGACUACAUCAAUGGUGGAAAGAUGGGACAACUCGAAGAACUUAAGGCGUUUAUCUCCGAGGGACUUAAGGCUAUCGCUUCUGAAAUAUUAGGCGCCGUUGACAAAACGGUAACCGAAUACGAGGAAGAAGCAUGCCGCUUGAAGGAAGAAAACAACCGCCAUUGUUCGGUUCUAGAUCUUCUUAUCAAAGGCAGUAAUUCGCCACUGAGAAAAGAUGGAGUCCCUGAAGAAAACCCAAGCAUGCGUGGGGAGAACCUGCAAUCUCCACACAGGAAGGCUGCAGCCCAGAUUCUAACCACCAGAUUUCAGAACUGUGGAGCGGAUGUGCUAACCAGUCAGCAAUAUCCUGGUCCUGACCCAAAUAUAUCAAGUCUGCCACUUUCAGACAUGGAAGGUACCUUCCCGUCUUACACAGACUUUCUAACGUUUGCACGCGGCAAUAAAAACUGCCCUUACUGCCUGAAGGCCGUUCCGGCCACCGAGUUACAUUUGAAAAGGCAUUAUUCCUUUGCUGUUCAUUUCAGUGAAAAUGGAAUAGGAAGAUUUGUUGUACCAUGUGCAUGCAAAGAUCUUAUCCAGGGCAGAAGUCACUGGCAUUGUCCUUACUGCAAGAAGAUUUUAACUCGUAGAAUAACCUUCAAGAAACACAUUUCUAAUAUGCAUGGUUAUCCGAUACACCAUCCAAACCAAGAGGCGGAAAGAGAUCUGCCCUUCAGCUUUGUUUCUGAAAAGGAUGUUGCAUCCACUUCUGAUGUCUGGUGCCAGAAGGUGUUUGUCUUCCGAGAUCAGGAUGGUCAAAAGUUCUCAAUACUUCCAGUUAAAACUGAACAGGCCCAUCACAGUGGAGAACAAGGUUUGGGGGCAUACAGGGGCCAAGACUCUGCCUUAAAUAUUCUCUGUGUGGACACGUCUACCCAACAAUACAAUGAAUUAGAAAUCCCAUCUUCAGGUUUGAAAGCACUCAGGUCAAGGAAAAAGCAACUUGGCAAGAAACCUUUGAGUUUAAAUGGAAAACGGAAACCUCCCAUUCAGAAUGACACAGGAGCGUAUACCUGUCAAGUAUGUGGAAAGACUUUCCAUUACAUCUACACGCUAAAAUCGCACGUGUGGACUCAUUUGAGAAAUGGGUCCCUUUGUGGGAUUUGUGGGAAACUGGAAACAAAUAACACAGAGAGUUCACUGCGACAUCUGGAGAGCCACAUGGUGAGGAAGAAAUGUGGAUUGUGUGGCAAGCAAUUUUCUAGUGCGGCCCAGUUGAAAAAUCAUUGGCAAGUUCACAGAGGAAACCCACAAGAUGUCAUGUCAUUAUCUUAGAACCCCUUUUACCGCUUGCAUUCAUGAGGGUCGUGGCUGAGAGGCAGGGCACAAAUAGACAAGCAACCAUUCACAGUCACGCCAAUGGGCAAUCCGAGUCUUCGUUGAACCAAACAUACAUGUUUUUGGAAUAGAGGAGAAAGCCAGAGUACUUGGAGAAAACCUACACGAUCACAGGGAGAACAUGCAAACUCCACACAGGAAGGCCAGAGCUGAAAUCAAACCCUGAACCUCAGAACUUUGAGACAGAUGUGCUAAACACUGCACUGUGCGACCACAUCUAAGAACCCAUUAAUUAGAUUUUGUUUUUAUGUAUAUUGUGGAUUAAUAAUUGAAGUUGUAAAUGAGUCGUAUUUUUUUAAUAUUGUGACAAAUGAUACAAAUCAGCUUCCUCAGUGUGUUUACGCUCAAGUGUUGGGAAACUAGUGUAGUUUUUGUUUUUAUUUAUUUUGGUUUAAAUGGUUACAUUCUGUUCACUUUGGUUUGAAAUGUAACAGCAAAGAGCAAUUUGAAGAAAAAAAAUACAUUUUUAAGCACGUAUCACUUAACAUUUUGACUUAUUAAAUGUUUUUUCUUAUUAAUAAAUGUGGCUACCAUGAUGAGUUUCUACCAGGGGUGGGUAAAAUUGUGUUCAGGGCCAUCAUUUUAUUUUUAAAUAGACGGAAGAGCCAGGCCACUCUUAGAUGAGGUUUAUACAUUUUCUUUUGUGUAUGAAAAUAUUUUUGCUAAUUGCUUUUAAUUGGAUUUAUAAUUAUUGUAAUUAUGAUUAACCAAUUAUUAAAUAAGUGGAAGAUAUGUGCUGUGUUGAAUUUACUGAUCGUAUUUACAAAAUGUCAGAUCACCAAUUAUUUAAAAGAAAUCAUUUAAUAAAAACAUUUUUAUAACCAAUUUUAGGUUGGGGAAAAGUCCUCGACGCGACGAAUAUAUAAGUAGUUACAAUUUUGUGGGUCUCGUACAUGCUUGUGUCUGUUGUGAAUUUACACGUUUUAAAUAUUAACAAUAAACUACCUAAAGACGCAGAAAAUGUCCAGGUUAUGUUUCGUGCCGUGGACUGGUCUUUCCGUGCCAGGAAGGAAGUUUUUUUUGGGAGGGGGCGGGGGUCUCCGUGUUCAUUCAGUAUUCUGCCCCCGGUUAGUCCUGAGCAGUUACCGGGCAGAUUUACUACCUCCCUUUCCUUAAACACUGGGGAUUAUGGCUGUGAUGAAGCUACAAGAGCAGCCAUCCUUGCUCAGAGCCAUCUUCAAUGAGGAUCCAGAGGAAGUUCGGGCCCUCAUAUUCAAGAAAGAGGAUGUCAAUAUUCAGGAUACUGAAAAGCGGACACCACUACAUGCUGCAGCCUACCUGGGUGGCACUGAGAUCAUUGAACUGCUCAUUCUCUCAGGAGCCAGAGUUAAUGCCAAAGAUAACAAGUGGUUGACUCCUCUUCACCGUGCUGUGGGUUGGUGCAGUGAGGAUGCCGUGGCUGUGUUGCUGAAGCACAGCGCCGAUGUCAAUGCCAGGGACAAGAACUGGCAGACGCCACUCCAUGUUGCGGCGAGUAACAAGGCCGUGCGCUGUGCUGAGGCACUGGUCCCGCUGCUUAGCAAUGUCAAUGUGUCUGACCGGGCAGGACGCACUGCUCUGCACCACGCUGCCUUCAGUGGAGACACAGAGAUGGUGAAGUUGCUACUGUCCAGAGGGGCUAACAUCAAUGCGUUUGACAAGAAGGAUAGGAGGGCCAUCCACUGGGCUGCCUACAUGGGUCACCUGGAAGUAGUUAAGUUACUGGUGAGCAGUGGAGCAGAGGUGGACUGUAAGGACAAGAAGGCUUACACCCCGCUGCAUGCAGCUGCUUCCAGCGGGAAGAGUAGUACUGUACACUACCUGCUGGGCCUAGGGGUCCAGGUGAAUGUGGUCAAUGCCUAUGGUAACACACCACUCCAUUUGGCGUGUUAUAAUGGGCAGGAUGUGGUGGUCAGUGAGCUCAUCAAGGCUGGGACUAGUGUCAACCAGGUCAAUGAGAGGGGGUUCUCUGCCCUCCACUUUGCCGCCUCCUCACGCCAAGGGGCGCUGUGCCAAGAGCUGUUAGCCCAUGGAGCACACAUAAACAUGCGGAGUAAGGAUGGAAAGACUCCCCUCCAUAUGGCAGCUACACAUGGCAGGUUCUCCUGCUCUCAGGCCCUCAUUCAAAAUGGAGCUGAGAUUGAUUGUGCGGACAGGGACAGAAACGCUGCCCUUCACAUUGCCGCACGCUAUGGCCAUGAGCUCAUCAUCAAAGCUCUCGUCAAACACAGAGCCUCCAUUUCCAAGAGAGGUAUUCACGGGAUGUUCCCGCUGCACCUGGCAGCUCUCACAGGCUUCCCUGAUUGCUGCAGGAAGCUGCUGUCCUCGGGAUUUGACAUUGACACGCCCGAUGAUUACGGAAGGACCUGUCUACAUGCUGCUGCAGCUGGAGGGAACCUGGAGUGCCUGAAUUUGCUGCUUAACAUAGGAGCAGACUUUAACAAAAAAGACAACUAUGGAAGGACUCCACUUCAUUAUGCAUCAGCCAACUGUAAUUACCACUGUGUGUUUGCCCUGGUGGGCUCCGGGGCUAGCGUCAAUGAGCUAGACCAGAGAGGCUGCGGCCCUCUGCACUACGCUGCUGCAGCUGACAGUGAUGGAAAAUGUGUGGAGUACCUUUUGAGGAACAAUGCUGAGCCAGGAGUAAGGGACCAACAGGGGUACAGUGCAGUCCACUAUGCCUCAGCCUAUGGCCGCACGCUCUCUCUGGAGCUGAUGGCAAGUAAAACUCCUCUUGACGUGUUUAUUGAGUCAUCAGGAACAGACUUCCCGAGUAACUCUGAGUGCUAUGGGCAGAUCAGCCCACUUCACUUGGCGGCUUAUCACGGACACUGCGGAGCCUUAGAAGUCCUCUUGACCUCCCUGCCGGAUGUGGAUGUCCGUAACCACCAAGGCUGCACGCCUCUCAGCCUGGCCUGCUCCAGAGGCCACCAGGAGUGUGUCUCGCUCCUGCUUCACCGCGGCGCCUCGCCCAUGACCUGUGACUACUCACACAAAAUGACCACUCUCCAUGCUGCAGUUACAAAUGGCCACUCAGGGUGCCUGCGUCUCCUCAUGAGCAACAAUGACCAGCACAUCAAUUUGGAUGCACUCGAUGUCAACAAGCAAACCCCGCUGAUGUUGGCUGUGCUGAAUGGACACACUGAGUGUGUGUAUUCGCUGCUCAGUCAAGGAGCCAGCGUCCAGGUUCAAGACUGCUGGGGCAGGACGGCCCUCCAUCGAGGGGCUGUGACAGGCCAGGAGGAGUGUGUGGAGGCUCUCCUUCAGCGAGGGGCCAGCGCAUGUGUGAAGGACAUUCGCGGUCUCUCCCCUCUUCACUUGGCGGCCGCCUGUGGUCGUGUGGGCGUCCUCGGCGCUAUGCUACAGGCGCCUGGCACUUCUAAUGGUCUCUCGCAACUCACUGACAACAAAGGCUACACACCGUUGCAUUGGGCCUGCUACAGUGGAUGUGAUGCUUGUGUGGAGUUGUUGUUAGAGCAGGAAGUCUUCAGAAAGAUAAAAGGCAACACAUUCAGCCCAUUGCACUGUGCAGUUAUGAAUGACAACGAAGGAGUGGCAGAGAUGUUAAUCGACUCCCUCGGCGCAAACAUCAUCAACUUCACCGACUCCAAGGGCAGGUCCCCGCUUCACGCCGCCGCUUUCGCAGACAGAGUCGAAUGUAUUUCCCUGCUCCUCAGUCACGGAGCUCAUGCCAACAUUGCUGACAUGCACACGCGAAGGACGCCGCUGAUGAUGGCAGCUCUCAAUGGGCAAACGAACGCCGUGGAGGUGAUGGUUAGCAGCAACAAAGCAGACUUCACUCUGCAGGACACCGACAGGAACACAGCCUUACACUUGGCUUGUAGCAAGGGUCAUGAGACGUGUGCCUUGUUGAUCCUGGAUAAAAUAAGAGAUAAAAAUAUCAUCAACUGCACCAACGCCUCUCUGCGCACGCCGCUCCACGUUGCAGCCAAGAAUGGUUUAACAGUGGUCGUCCAGGAACUUCUGGGAAAGGGAGCAAGCGUGCAAGCGGUGGAUGAGAAUGGAUACACACCUGCUCUGGCCUGCGCCCCCACCCGCGAUGUCGCCGACUGCUUGGCGCUCAUCCUCAACUCCAUGAUGCCUGCCUCCCCCAUGGUCACCAUAGCAACUCUGCCUCCAUUUUCUCUUCCUCACACUGUUAUCAAUCAUCACCCCGUGUCCAAUCACGUUGCAAAGGGCAUGGCCUUUGAAACCCUGCCACCUCUGAGGCUGGACCGCGCGUCGUACUGCAGACCCGAGCGCCCUCUGUCCUGUAUCACUACUGACGAAGAACUGAACGACUCAGAUUCCGAGACCUACUGAGGACUGCUACCCCCCAAUCCUGGUGUUGAAGGCCAGUGUGUUACUCAGGAGCCUUAACAGAUCACUGACAACUAGAAAACACAAAAGAGGGGGAAAAUAAAACUAUAGUGUAGAUCUUUUUGAGAAACCUUUAAAUAUUAAAUAAUGCAAUGUUUAUUCUCUCAAAAAUACAGUACACUACUUUUCUUUGAGACACCCUCUCUCAUAGCCAGUGGCGGGCCGUGCAUUUGGUACUUGGUCCUUUAGUGGGGACUUACCUGAUUUAAUCCACCCCGUAGUACCGCCACGUUCACAUCGCUAUUGUGGAAACCUUCAAUACUAUACAAAAUGUUUUUGUGAAGGGAAGCUCAGAGGACUAAGGAACCAAAAACUUGGAUAUUCUAAAUGGGACCAGGUAGACGUGAUCGUGAUGAACCACUAGGGGGUUCUUAAUGAACCCUUGUAUGAACAGAGGAACAAGAAUACCUGAAACAAGGAGUGGAUGGAACCUCUUUUUAUGAAGGAUUGGUGUGGAAUCAGCAGCCAAACUACUUGAUGUUUGA